AUGGCACGGAAACAAACGAGGUUUAAAUUAACCCCAACAAAUUCAAACUCUUCUGAUAGUCAACAAAAUGUGUGUGAAACGGCUUCUGUUGUGGAAGAUAGAUCUAAGAUCACUAACGAACAGUCUCUCACCAAAUCAACAUUUCCUAGCAGCACAUUGACACCUUUUGUGAUAAAAGAUGAUGUAAUAAAAGCAGAGAUAACUUGGGCAUUGGCAGUUGUAAAGAAAAAGAUGUCACUUAAUUCAUGCUCUGAUAUUAAAAACUUUUUAAAAAAAAUUUUUCCUGACAGUGCUAUAACCAUGCAAUUUCAAUUGGGUCCAGAUAAAUCUUCCUACAUAAUAAAUUAUGGCCUAGCCCAUUAUUUCAGAGAAAAAUUGAUUAAUGCUGUUACAAGUUGCGAUAAUAUUACUAUCUCCUUUGACGAACCACUAAACAAAGUUGCUCAAAGAAGUCAAAUGGAUCUUGUGAUAAAAUACUGGGACAANUCAGACACGCGUUGA